AUGUCGCCUCUAGAGGCAAUUCUUUCGGCGGUGCUUGGAACCCUGCUCCUGCACCUGUCGGCGGUCCAAGCUCAAGCGACCGUGCCCCUGGGAUGGAGCCUGAAUUGUGUGGACGCCUGUGCUAGAGGGGCCAACGGGGGGACAGCUCCUUUUGUGGCUGCCCCGUUUUGUUCAGACACUCUUGAAUAUUAUAACAAUCCGCAAUUUUACAACCUGGCGUACGGACCCGAGAGCAACGCGCCAAGGAACAGGUGUGAGAAUGUGGGCUUCGCCAACCCGUUGCCCACCUAUGAUAUCAAUGUCUGCUACCGCCUCUUCAUUGGUUUGGGAUCCGCCAAAUUGAUCUACCGCCGCCUUUCAAAUGGGACAUUCCAAGGGUGCUUCGCUGGGGCCGACUCCGGCAGUGUGACUGUUCCCUGCGGGUGUGGCGCAACGUCGCCCAGCCCAUCGCCUACCUCGCAUCCCAUCACCUCGGUCUCGUCAUCGACCGGCGCCUUGGCCCCUUCAUCUACCAACGACCCUUCAGACGCCGUAUUGCCGAUCGGGACCUCCCAACAGACCCCGUCGGGGCCUAUAAUAGGUGCCGCGGUUGGAAUUGCGAUGCUGCUUGCCAUUGCCUUUGGGGUUUGCAUUUGGUACCGAAAGCGGCGCAAUGUUGCUGGCGCGAGCAAGGUUACCGGUUCCGGACCCCCGGCUGCUCCAAUUGUGUUUGAUCGCUCCCCGGGAUCAGAGGCUGCCCAGGCUACAAUCAACGGCGCAGGCGAUACCGAUGACGCCCUCACUACAAUCGGAACAUCGAAGCAUCCCGCGCACUUGCCCACAUCAUUCCAACUCUCGCUUUCCCAACCUCCCGUGCCAUUCCUUCCGGCAACACAUGCAACCUAUCAGCAAGCGCAGGUGCAGCCACCCUCCCAUGCUCCGUCAGAAGCCAAUCCGCCCUCCACCGGCGCCAGCGAUACGGAUGACGCCCCCACUAGAGUCGGAACAUCGAAGCAUCCCGCGCACUUGCCCACAUCAUGGCGACUCUCGCUGACCGAACCUUCCGUGCCACUCCUCCCAGCCACAACUGCAACCGAUCAACCAGCGCAGAUCCAGCCGCCCUUCCAUGCUCCGUCCGAAGUCAGCGGGCCCUUCACCGGCGCCCACAGCACGCCAGUUAUCCAGACCUUACAUUCGCAUCAAACCCUCCACCUUCCCCCAGCCUACGAGGAGACGACCUGGAUGGCGGAUGUCCCCGCACUUGAACAUGACGGUCAGCAGCUCCCGCUCCGCCACGCGGUCCAGGACCACUUUCCGAGUCAUUCGACCGAGCUGGGAAUGAAGUGCGGCGAUGUCGUUGCGGUGGAGCAGGCUCUCAACGCUGAGUGGUACAUUGCGCAGAACCGAACAAGGGGCGGUCGGGGGUUGGUCCCGUGCAGUCUGUUGUCUGAAACGAUAUCCAGUGGCCCGUCACCUACUGUGGCGGGGAAAUGA